AUGGGUGAAUCCAGUGAUGAUAUAGACCAAAUGUUCAGCAAUUUGCUGGGAGAGAUGGAUCUUUUAACGAAGAGUUUAGGAGUUGACACUCUUCCUCCUCCUGACUCAAAACCUACCACAGCUGAAUUCAACUACACUGUGGGUUUUAAAGAUUUAAAUGAGUCCUUAAAUACCCUGGAGGACAAGGAUUUAGAUGCGCUCAUGGCUGAUCUGGUAGCAGACAUAAGUGAAGCUGAACAGAGGACAAUUCAAGCACAGAAAGCAUCUUUACAGAAUCAACCUCAUUUGGAAUCUCUCGAGGUACCCAGUAUCAGUGGUGCUGCCUCUGUGGGUUAUGAAGUAAAUUUUACUGCAACUAGUAUUAGCAACUAUGAAGAUGACUUACCACCUCCACCAGCUGAUCCCAUGCUAGACCUUCCACUUCCACCACCCCCUCCCGAGCCUCUGUCUCAGGAAGAACAAGAAGCCCAAGCCAAAGCUGAUAAAAUUAAGUUGGCACUGGAAAAACUGAAGGAGGCCAAGGUGAAGAAGCUCGUGGUCAAGGUGCACAUGAAUGAUAACAGCACCAAGUCAUUGAUGGUGGAUGAGAGGCAGUUGGCCCGAGAUGUUUUAGACAACCUUUUUGAGAAAACUCAUUGUGACUGCAAUGUAGAUUGGUGUCUUUAUGAAAUAUACCCCGAACUACAAAUUGAGAGGUUUUUUGAAGACCAUGAAAAUGUUGUUGAAAUCUUAUCAGACUGGACCAGAGACACAGAGAAUAAAGUACUGUUUUUGGAGAAAGAGGGAAAAUAUGCUGUAUUUAAAAACCCCCAGAAUUUUUACCUGGAUAACAAAGGAAAAAAAGAAGACAAGGAAACGAGUGAGAAAAUGAACGCCAAGAACAAGGAAUCCCUACUUGAGGAAAGUUUCUGUGGAACAUCUGUCAUUGUGCCAGAACUUGAAGGAGCUCUUUACUUGAAAGAAGAUGGAAAGAAAUCCUGGAAACGUCGUUAUUUUCUUUUACGGGCUUCUGGAAUUUAUUAUGUACCCAAAGGGAAAACUAAGACAUCUCGAGAUCUGGCAUGUUUUAUACAGUUUGAGAAUGUCAACAUUUACUAUGGAACUCAGUGUAAAAUGAAAUACAAAGCUCCCACUGACCACUGCUUUGUUCUAAAGCACCCCCAAAUUCAGAAGGAGUCCCAAUAUAUCAAGUAUCUCUGCUGUGAUGACGCAAGGACUCUGAACCAGUGGGUCACAGGGAUCAGGAUUGCAAAGUAUGGGAAGACUCUUUUCGAUAACUAUCAGCGGGCUGUGGCAAGAGCUGGACUUGCCUCUAGAUGGACAAACCUGGGGACUGUUAACCCAGCUACGCCAGCUGCACCAUCUACAGGACCUAAUAAACCCAGUACUGCGCAGCCCAACGGUCAGAUUCCCCAGGCUGCACAUUCUGUUAGUGCUGUUUUCGCCGAGGCCCAGAAACAGGUUGAAAUGACUAAGGAUAAUGGGCCAGCGCUUGGUAAUCACAACCCCAGAGCACCCAAAGCCAAUCACAUUCUCAAAGCCAGCAAGCCACCGCCCCCACCUGUGCGAAGAUCAUCAGAUGUCAACUGCAGCCCCACUUUGCCCUCCAAGGCCAGGAGCAGUGCCAGCGGUUUCCCAGCCCCACCGGAAGAGUUUCUGCCGCCGCCCCCGCCGCCGCCGCCCCUGGAGGAGGAGGACCUGCCACCGCCGCCCCAGGAUUUCCACGAAGCACCUCCAGACUUUGUGCCUCCCCCACCGCCUGAGAUGCCUGAGUGCACGGAGGCUUUACCGCCUCCUCCUCCGCCCCCACCCACCCUCACCCCUGAAUUCCGGCCGACACCACCCUCUGUUGCCAAAAGACCUCCCAAUCCCCCGAAAAGGCAAGACACCCCGGGCCCACCCAGUGGAGGAGCAAGUGGGGAGCAAGAUUUUAUGUCAGAUCUCAUGAAAGCUUUGCAAAAGAAAAGAGGCAACAUGUCUUAA